CUCGCCGCCGUGCUGUUAUUGCCGAUGGAAACCUCGGAACGACACGGCGCCUCCGGCUGCUACACCCCUCCCGCGGCAGACAGGCUCUGGAGGCAGCGCUCCUCUCCGGCAGCUGUUGUGUCCGCCUUCUUGCCGUGCGGCGGCCACGGUGGCCAGGCGCGUAGAAAGAUCGGGAGCGCGCGCCUGGGUGGGAAGGUUGGGCACGGCAACGGCGAGGAGGCGGAGUUGGGCCCUGCUGCCUUGCCAGGCGGCGGCAUGGGGUUCGCGCGAGCGCUGUGGAUGCGGAUCGUCACCAAGGUGAUGAGCCGGAGGGGUUCCUCCGUGAAGGAGCGGUACGCGCAGGAGGAUUACGAGCAAAACUUCGACGAGGGCGACGCGGCUGGGGAGCCCGAGAACCUCCCGCGGUCCUUCUCCGCGCGGUACGCCCGCCGGCGCCCUGCUGGGAUGGCGUUCUCGGAUGUAGCUCACCGCCGGCAUUUGAGGAGUUUGUGGACGUGAGAAGCGAUCACGUCAUCGACUCAUGGGUAUAGCUCAGACUGGUCUCUAUCUUUUUUGAAAAAAAAAGAAUACCAUCAUACGUACACGUACUAGUAUUAUCUACCAUGUUCUGACCUCAGGGCAUGGCCAACGGUUAGCCCGAGACGUGCUGCCUCGCAGGCCAGCUAGGCUCGGAUACCAAUGUGGAUCAAAAUCUAAUGCCUUAAAUGUGUUAUAGUGUUGCCUCAGAAAAGUUGACUACUUUGGUGAAAAAAUGGGGAGAGCGAGGAAAAAAAAGAGAAAGAGUGUCCGGACACAGUUGAAGCAUGCAGUCAGGCCAUGGUCGACAACAGCAUUACCACCUCGAGCUCGGCCACUACAUGGCCUUGUACACUCGCCAUGGAUUCGAUCUAGUCAGAGCCGAGGUACAUCAUGCCUGGAUUUCGGAGAAAAACUUGUCGGCGGCGCUUGAUCCAGGAGAAGGAGCAAAGUUGUCGCCUGCCUGCACCGGCCGGGCCGGUCCAGGGAAAUGAGCAAAGUUGUUGCUUGCCUGCACCGCCCUGGCCGGCUGGGGCCAUGCCAAGGCGCACCAUCACAUGACCGUUCAUUCCGGCAGGAACAACGGAGUUG